AUGCUGUUCAAAGAAAAUAAACAGAGAUCUCAGCCUGACCGCGUGGCGUCUUUAAAUAAUAAAAAUCUCGCUAUGGGUUAUAUCAUGUUUUAUAACUGUUUAAAGCGCGGGAGCAGUGCGCCGAGCGGCGGCGAGUCGCCACGGCGGGCGCACUCGCUCGGCCCAUCCGCGGAUCGGCACACGCGGGCACUUGACAGCGGCGCCGUUUCCAACCGUACUCAACUAGGGAGGUGGACGGUGCCAUGUGCGGGUAAGAUGUCGGGCAGCGCUCAGAAUGAGGAGGGCGGCAAGGAGGACGGCGGUGAGGCCGGCCGCGACAUGUACCGCCCGAAGAGCGUCAGCACCGUAGUGCGCGUGCUGACAGUCUUCGCGUACCUGUUCUCCGUGUCGCUGGCGGCCAUCCUGCUGUCCGUUUACUACGUGUGCGUGUGGAAGUCGCCCGAGCUGCCGCCGCUGGAGAACGCCCGGAUAGGCAUCAGCGCGCGCCGCGGCGAGCAGCACGAGUACCUGCAGAACUUCACCGAACACGGCGCGUUCGACUAUCUGGGUGCGCGUGGCUGCGCCCGCCUGGGCCGCGUCGGCCUCGCCGUCCCGCCACCGGACAGGGUGACAACCCGUAAUAACUUUCCCGUCACCACCGACGUGCCUCCUAAGAAU